CUGCCUUGGGACAGGGAAGAGCAGUGACCACCAGCAUGGCUCCUGCAGAGAAGAUCAAGGCCAAGAUCAAGAAGACACUGCCUGUGACUGGGCCCCAGGCCCCCACCCUGAAGGAGUUGAUGCACUGGUACUGCAUGAACACCAAUACCCACGGCUGCCGGCGUAUCGUCGUGUCUCGGGGACGUCUGCGCCGGUUCCUCUGGAUCCUGCUGACAUUGACGGCCGUAGGGCUGAUCCUGUGGUACUGCGCCCAACUGGUCAUGAACUACUACGUGGCCUCUGUCUCAGUCACGGUGCAGUUCCAGAAGCUCCCUUUCCCAGCCGUGACCAUCUGCAACAUCAACCCUUACAAGUACAGUGCCAUAAAAGAGCACCUCGCAGAACUGGACAAGGAGACCAUGGUGGCCCUGGAGACCUUAUAUAACUUCACGGGAGCAGAAGGCAAGCCACGGGAACGCCGUGAUGCUGGCGGUCAGAGCCCUAAGAAGAGCAAGUUUCUCAGGCAGUUUCCCCUGGUGAAACUGGGCAACCCCCAUCCCCAGCCCAUUGUUAACGUCUCUGCAGGGUACAGGCGACGGACUGGGGCUGGCAUCAUCUCGGGCAGCUCCAGCAUAGUGAAUGUCAGAAGCCCCCAGGACAUUGUGGGCUUUCGGCUGUGUGACACCAACAACAAGAGUGACUGCACCGUUUAUACGUUCAGUUCGGGUGUCAAUGCCAUCCAGGAGUGGUACAAGCUGCACUACAUGAACAUCAUGGCUCAGAUCGACGCGGAGGAGAAAGAGAGGAUGAGCUAUUCAGCGGAGGAGCUGCUGCUGAGUUGCUUCUUUGAUGGGGACUCCUGUGAUGCCAGGAACUUCACUUCCUUCCACCAUCCCCUCCAUGGAAAUUGCUACACCUUCAACAGUGGGCAAGAUGGGAAGAUCCUGAGCACGUCCACAGGAGGCAGUGAAAAUGGACUUCAGGUGAUCCUGUACAUAGAGGAAGCAGACUACAACCCCUUCUUGGUGACAUCCACGGGAGCCAAGAUUGUGAUCCACGAUCAAGAUGAAUACCCCUUCAUUGAGGACAUUGGCACCGAGAUUGAGACAGCCACAGCCACCUCCAUUGGAAUGCACUUUACCAUGUCGCAUCGCCUCAGCCAGCCAUACAGCAAUUGCACGGAGGAUGGAGCCGAUGUUCCUGUGGAGAACCUCUACAACAAAACCUAUGCUCUGCAGAUCUGCCUGCAUUCCUGCUUCCAGAAUUCGAUGGUGAAAACCUGCGGGUGUGCCCAGUACGCUCAGCCCCUGCCUGCCGGAGCCGAAUUCUGCAACUAUAAGAAAUUCCCCAACUGGAUGUACUGCUACUACAAGCUGCACGAACAGUUUGUGAAAGAGCAGCUGGGCUGCCAGCAAAUCUGCAGGGAAGCUUGUAGGUUGAAAGAGUGGACCCUCACCACCAGCCUGGCCCAGUGGCCUUCCAGCGUGUCCGAGGAGUGGAUCCUUCGAGUUCUGUCUUGGGACAAAUGGAAAAACAGCAACAAGAUGUUAAACAAGACAGACCUGGCAAAUCUCGUGGUGUUCUACAAAGAUCUGAAUGAGAGGUUCAUCACCGAAAAUCCAGCCAACAAUAUUGUUCUCCUCCUGUCUAACUUCGGGGGCCAGCUGGGCCUGUGGAUGAGUUGCUCGGUGGUCUGUGUCAUCGAGAUCGUGGAGGUCUUCUUCCUCGACACGCUCUGCAUCGUCCUGCGCCAGCAGUGGCAGAAGGCCAAAAGGUGGUGGAAGGGGCAGCCGGGUGAGCAAGACCAGGAAGGGGCCGAUGGGCUCCCCCCAAGCAGUGCAGAUCAAGGAUACCACAACUCCGCCUGCUCCCCAGAUGAUGAUGACCCGCCCACCUUCAACACAGCCAUGCGGCUGCCGCCACCCCAAACUCCCCCACCCAACUACAACACCCUGCAGCACAUCAGCCCCUUUCCUGAGCAGCUGGCGGACACCCUGGAGGUCAGGGCCCAGUGAGGCCAUCGGUCUCCGCGGAAAGCACCGGGAUGUGCAGACAGCUGGAGGCUGGAGCCACGCACCAGCAGCACGGCAGCUCUCUGCGCAAGAGACUCGGUACUUUGCGCGCUCUGCCCCUGUGGGGGCCGAGCCAGACCGGCGGGACACCUGCUGUUACCAUGCUUCAGGAUGGCAGACGGGGCCCUUGGGCGAGGCGGCGUCCAGGCCGUGGCCUUGAGCCCUGGACAGGAGCUGCCUCUCCCUCAGCUGGGAAGCCUCCCUGGCUGUUGAGCUGCACCAUCACGGCUGGUCCAGGAGACCUCCGGGCACCUCGGGGCGGGGGGAGCCGAGGUGGAAGCAUCUAAGCUGGCUCAUGGCGGGGAGGCCAGCUUCCUGAGCAGGAGGAGCAGUGGCUGACCUUAAGACCGCCGCCUGACCGGCUACCUUUCACCUACUCUGGAAGCCCUGCGAAUGCCGGCUGCAUUCAGAAGGGGGAGAUUUCCUGCCCCCUCCCUGGAAGGCCGUUUCCUGCAGCUGCAGCAGCAGCAGCCCCCAAGCCCUGGGGCGGUCUGGAAGAUGCCCAGCGACAAGCCAGAGGGAGGGAACAGGCCGGCUCGUGCACAGCAGACAGCGAGUGCCUUAACGCAGCCGUGGAGAAGGGAAGGGAGGGCCAAAGCAGCUUAAUAAACUUGUCCUUGAAGGA